AUGCCACCCUCGCCGUCGGUGUGGGGUCUGAGCGCGUGGGCGCUGGCGAUAUGCGCGGUUGCCUACGGCUCGCUGCUCGAGACGGAGCGGCUGCACGCCAGCGUCGGGGGCUACGCCGUCCUCAACUGCCACCUCGACUUCCCCUUCGGCAACGAGAUACCUUACCAAUUGCAGUGGGACAAAGAUGGCGAGACGAUCCUGUCGUGGUACAGCAGCGAGGGGCGAGUGCGCCUGGGCGAGAGGUGGGGAGGGCGCGUGCAGCAGCUCUUCGACGGACGGCUCGGCCUCGGCCGUGGCUCCAUCAACGUGAGCGCCGUGCGCGAGACCGACUCCGGCCUGUACCGGUGCCGCGUCACCUUCCCCAACCGCUCGCCGCCCGCGCGCAACAAUGGCACCUUCUACUACCUCGACGUUGACGGGGGUAAUUUAAUAGUUACGCCACCAAUGAACGUGACGGUGCUGGAGGGUGAGCGCGCCGAGCUGGAGUGCCUCCCUAAGACGCCCGAGUCCGCGGUUGCGUGGUUUAAAGACGGCACGCCGCUCAGCGAGUUCCCCGAGCUAGCGCUUCGCAGCGAGCUGCCGGCCAACGGAAGCUUGGUGCUGCGUCGCGCCGCCUCCUCCGACCCCGGCGAGUAUGAGUGUCGGGUGCGAGACCCCGACGGCGCAUCGCAGAGCGCCGCCGCCUUUCUCGAUGUCCAGUACAAAGCUAAAGUGGUGUACGCGCCGAAGGAACGAUACCUGCCCUACGGCAAGCCGGCCAGCUUGGACUGCCACUUUAGCGCAAACCCCCCCCUUACCAAUCUGCGCUGGGAAAAGGAUGGCUUCCUGUUUGACCCAUACAACGUGCCCGGCGUGUUCUACAGUAGAAACGGGAGCUUACUCUUCAAUCAGGUGGACGAGUCACACGAAGGUGAAUACUCUUGCACGCCAUACAACUCGCUGGGAUCGGAGGGUCCAUCGCCCGGCGUGCGCGUGCGCGUCCAGAAGCCGCCUGCGCUGACGUCACGACCGCAGCCGUUGUACGUGGCGCGCCUCGGCGCCACCCUUACCAUCCCCUGCUCCGCGUCCACGCGCUCGCACCACGACGAGCCCAGCGUGUAUUGGGCCCGGAAAGAUGGAGGGGAGCUGCCCGCUGGCCGCCACAUGCUGAACGACGGAAACCUCACUAUCAUCGAGGUUUCGGAGGAAGACCGUGGCGUGUACGUGUGCACCGUUAGUAACGAAGCCGCCUCCGUCGACGUGGAGACAGAACUGCUCGUCGAGAACAUGCCUCCGCGGGCGCCCUACAACCUCAGUGUCCGGCCUUCUGUCGACUCGCUUCAUCUUUCAUGGGUACCAGGUCACAAUGGCAUGGAAGUGGAUUACAAUGUGUGGUAUCGCGAGAGGACCGUUAGUGAGUGGCGAACCAUGAAAAUCUUGUCCAGAGGUGUAACAGAGGCGACUCUAGUGGGACUGCGACCCGGCACCGAGUACGAGCUACGUGUUUUGUCACAGGACCUCAUCGGAGAUGGACUCUUUAGCAAGCCUGUAUUUGCAAAAACGCUUGGUUACACGGAGGAGGAGACAAUUACCGGGGAGCAGAUUCCAUACGCAGCCGUUACCACAGAGGUAUCUAUGGAGUUGGGUACGGGCAGUGCGGGAGAAGCCGAGAUGACGGGUGGUGAGGAGCUGGAGGUGACGGUGCGGCUCAUCGAUGAGGGCGCGCUUGUGCGCUGGCGGCGCGAGCCGCACGACUCUUCGCGCUGCAGCGUGCGGUGGUACGAGGGUGCUCCGCCUGGCGAACGCUUGCUAGCCACCAGCCAUACCAACCACGACUAUAUGCUGGUGGAUUCAGCGGAGGAAGGCAUGCGGUACUGGGCGCACGUGGCUUGCGGAACGGCGCACGGCGGCGCGGCGCUGCGCGUGCCCGAGUACUCGCGGCUGCGCAGCGUGGCGGCGGGCGCUGGCGUGGCGGCGCUGCUGCUGGCCGCGCUGGGCGCUGCGCUCUACGCCACGCGCCGCCGCCUGCGCCUCUGCAGCGCCGGGCGCGAGCCCUCGCCGCGCAACGACAAGCGCAUGCGCUGA